UCAUUAUUAAAUAGCGGCAGCUUAUAAAUUAAUUUGUAUACUGGGAAUAAAAACAUUGCGGCAAUUUAAUCAUGGGUGUUGCUUAUUUUAGACUCUCAUCAUCCGCGUUAUUUGAUAUCUAUUAUUAUUUUUAUUUUUACUUUUAAUGUCAGCAGAUUUAUUUAGUUAAUAUUUUUGGUUAAAUAUUUAUUACCAGUAUUUUUGUAACAGGUGUGAUUGACCUCAUUCGCAAAGACAGUGCUAAACUUUAAUUCACCUUGACUUUAAUUUAUUAUUUUUCUUUAAAUAAUCAAUACGAUUAAUACAAUUGUCUCCAUGGGCUUUUAUUCAGACAUUUUCCCAUAAUCUAGUAUAGCAUUAAUUAAUAUAUAUAUAAAUAAAAGAUUUGGGAUGGAAGCUUGAUGAAGCACUUGAAUUAAGCAGUUCUGGAAGGGGAGGAGCUUGCCCGUGAACCCAAGUCUCUUCUGAGCUCGCAGUAGAAGGAAAUGACCGUGCGCCAUACUGCUCGAAAAACCAAUAGUAAGGAACUGUUGCCUUGGCCCAAAAAAUGAUACAGCAAUGUCAUUCUCCGAAAAAUUCUCUGCGGUGAUUGUCACACUGUCUGAAGGGAAAUCUUUCGAUAGCCCGAGUCUAAAGGAUCCUUUGCGUUGGGGCGAACGGAGGCUUACGUCCUAACCUGGACUGCCAAGUCCAAAAUAGCGGGACCACCCACCGAAUUCGAACGCGCUCCAGACAGAAAUUCCCCGGUAAGCCAUGUCUCUGCCGCGUCACCAGUUUCUCCAUGGAGCUGUGAACUGGGAUGGAGCGCACUUGAGUCCUGUCCAGAUUUCUCAUGUCAGCGCGAGCCCCAUCAGCGCUUCAGGUCGAAAAGAGGACCCCUUCUAUUUUUCUCUGGACCCAACAGGGCAAGCCAGACAGUCUCUGGACAUCUCCGCUUUCAGCAGAUUCAUGACAGAUAUGGGCUCCCUGAACGGCACUGACAACCAUCGUCCAGAACCGAAUUUUUACUCCGGACACAAACUCUUAUCUCUCCAUACCGACACGGAUCCAGAGAGUCCGUCGCACUCUUCCCACUCAGACUCCCAACAGUUGCACAGUUUGUCUUUCUCCGCGCCUUCCUGUUCAGAAACUGACAAUAAGCCCUUUACGCAUUAUUUAACGAUGGAAAGCACUAAAUCCCCAAGCCAGUGGAGUGAAAGCAGAACCAAAGGGAGCAUCAUCACCACACUGAGCAUCAGUCAGAGAAGUAGAGACGACACAGAGCCAAAUAAUCUCCAGACAGACUUUCCCGGGAGCGAUAAAACUCACAGAAAGGGAACGCAAGACGUGACUUUAGAAAACGCUGCAAAUGGCUGGCUGUCGGCGAAAGCAGGGAGGAAGAAGCGAUGUCCUUACAGCAAACACCAGCUCUUAGAGCUAGAAAAGGAAUUCCUAUUCAACAUGUACCUGACUCGCGAGCGCCGCCUGGAGAUCAGCCGGAGCAUACAUCUCACCGACCGCCAGGUUAAGAUUUGGUUUCAGAACCGCAGGAUGAAACUGAAAAAAAUGACACUAGAGCUCCAGACAAGGGACCCUGGCACAAGUUUCACUGUCUAGUUUGCUAUGUAAGACAGUUAAAAAUACCGAACUCAACGAACAAAUCACUGCGGCUAUCAUCCGGAGCACGUGGAUUGACGCGACUGCUGCUUCUGAUGGAUUAACGGGAGGAAACGAUCAGUCAAAUCUUACCACGGUGUUUCACAAUAUGUGUUCUAUAAGACAAGUGUCAGGGAGAUUAAUUUAAUACCUUGCAUGAGGAUGAACAGAAAAGUGUAACGAAAGAAGAAGAUACGUUUUUGGCAAUUCGACAGAAGCUUGUCGUAUUCACACAAGGCCCAUGGACAAUGUUUAUUGAUGUCGUUUAAGUUCUGGUCAAAUUUUCAGCGCAUUUAUAUUUAGCAAUCGUCGAUAUUUUAACUAUGUUUUCCCAUUAGCCUAUGAAAACGAUUUUUGUAAAAGGUUAUUAUUAUUGUAACUAGGCUAUGUUAACUUACUAGGCCUAUGUGCGGAAACUCCCGAGUAAAACAAAAAUCAAAAAGGGAAUCCAUUAUCAGAGGAGCAGUUACAUAAAGCACAGGUACUGUUUUUUUGUUUUUAAUAUUGUUUCUUGUGUUGUCGUUAUAUAAGCUGGAGUGAAAAGGCACAGUUUCUUCUUCUGCUGCUGAAGUAUGGUUGAAUUUAUAAAUUAAACUGUGAUUUUAAGAGUUCCUUUUUUGAAAAGCAGUGCAUUUUAAAUAAAAGAUUGCACUUCGUGACCAUAAAACCUUUAUUCAGUAGAAAGUACUGUGCACGCUUUGAAAAAGACUUGAUUGGCAGUGUUCUAAUUUAGAAGGCCUAUUGUGACAAAGCGUUUUGAAAAAUAAGUUGACCUAUAAUGGUCGAAACUGAAGUUGUAAUAAUGUAUUUAUUAUUAUUAUUAUUAUUAUUAUUUACAUUUUUGUUUCAGUAAAAUUCAAGAAUAAAUUUUAUGCCAUCUAUAGCAUGGAGAAGAAGAACGUGGCAUGAAGUUUUCUUUAGUCUUACAAUUAAAGGGGAAGGCAUUUGGUAUUUGUAACAAUUCCAAAACUUAAAUUGCGGUUUUGAGUUGAUUGUGAAAUUUUAUUAACUGAUGUAUGAACAGAUUUUGGAUACGUGAUUUUUGUCUUAGAAUAAAUUGUAUCAGAAAAAAAUAAUUUGAGUUUAAUUUGAACAAAACUUUUGGAAAUUCAAAUGCAUUAAUAUAACGUGUCAAGUCAUCUUCUUAACACACUUAAACAAGUCCAAAAUAUUUUUUUUUAUUUAAUUAGCCUAACCCAGACAAUUAACCAGGUAUAUAUGUUACAAAACAAAUAACGUAAGUGCAUCAAAAAUGCAAAUCAAAUUGUCCCUGGGAAUAAUUUAAUGGAGCUAUUUGAAUUUUAGAAGUUAAGGUGAAGUUAGCCUAUAAUAACCCAUCUGGAUUCAUUUUACGUUCUGCUUUCAUCUGCAUCUCAAAUAUCUCAGGGUUGCAUUAAUAGACCUGUAUUUGAAUGGCCGAGAAAUAUAGUGAGCGCUUUCUUGAAUGCCUUAAAUAUGUGCACUCAGAAGAAAUAAGCGGAUAUAAGGGUAACGCAUGUGAACGUUAUGAAUGUUUGAAACUUUUGUAUGUUAAUUCGCACUGUGAAGGAUUUUUAUUAUUACAUUUGUGUUGUGUUAUGAGAUGUGCUAUAUUUUUGUAGGUUUCAUGAAGAUGAAAUGUUAAUUUAUUUCCAUUCUUAAUUUAUUUCCAUUCUUUCCGAUAUUUUUCGGCGCGUAAGAAAUAACUCUGAACAGAUGCUGGUGUUUCUUGACUUGUUACAGUUCCUCCUCUUUUGUCCAAGCGAGUCUUUGCUUUGGUGAACCGCCAUGUUGAGAUGGGACAAUCCCCAACGUCAUUGGCCAGGCAGGGGCCUCUUUUUAUAACAGGGGGCAAUAGACCCAUUUAUUGCCGACAGUCUAGAGAGAACCGGACAUGCUUGUGAACUUAAAUUACUUUAUUUCAAGCCACGUCUUUAAACAAUUCUCGCUAUCUCCUUUCCCCGCAGUGGGUCAGAACUGUUCCAGUCGAUUUCUUGAGAUUUUAGCUCUAGUGCCCUGUAAUACGGUUCCUCAGUUAAGCAGUGCUCUGUUAAAAGACAGCACUGAAAUAUGAGUGCUCAUCUGGUUCAGUACUUUUGGACGCUAGACUGCUGGCAGCCUUUCAGGUCUUGCCUUUGAACACGGAGAAGAGCAAGCUGGUCUGUGAUUUAGGUAGUUUCAAGUUGUUGGGCUGGACGUUUAAUUUCACAGGAACCUGAAACUGCCUGAAUUGCUCCAGUUAAACACACCAUUGUCCGUUCAACGUGGGAUUAGGAUAUAGUGUCGACUCCAUUGAAAAUACUGAUUUAAUAAUCCUUGCCAAGCGAGCGAUUCUUACUGAUCGUGCUUAUGUUAUUAUUGCAGUCAUCACAUCGUGUUGUUUCUUUCUUUAAAAUAUUACUUACACACUCAGUAACUGGCAUAUAAAAGGUUUUUUUUAUGAUGAAAACAUGGCUACAAGCGUUGGUUGUGAAUCUGUUCAUCCACAACAUUGCAUUUCUUUGAUAGCUUUCGACCUCCUUUUUCAAAAUGGCCCGGUUUUCGAUUUAUUUAUUACUUCACACACAGUGAGUUGGAAGAUACAAGUCCUGUUAGGUUUUAAAACACAUUUUAAAUUCCAACAUAAUGCCUCAAUUAUAUAGGUUAUUAAACUAUUUUAUAUAUAUUCCAAUGUUUUAAUGUGAUGUUAAUCAGUUGUGAUCACCUGUAAAAUUUUUCAGAGUAGAAUAAAUACCUUUUCAUGUUGUAUAAAACACACACAUAUAUCAUAUAUUUUUUAAAAACAUAUAUAAACACAUGAUCUGUGAAAAAAGCGUUUCUUUUGAUCUCACCCGCGUAGAAAGUUGAUUAUAUAGCCUAUUUAUUGUUGCACUAGAUAUAUUGUGUGUAUUCCUAAUCAACUGAACAACUGCUGUCUCUCUGGUUUAAUUUGUAUUUUCACUUAAAGUUUUGUGUGAAGCUUUGUGUUAUUGUUAUUAUUAUUAUUAUUUAUUUAUUUAUUUAUUUUUUUACAUUUUAAAUACAGGGAGGGAUAAUUUUGCUAAAACAGCAAUAAAUUGACAAAAAACAAAAACCUUUACAACAUAUCUUCUCAAUUCUGUUGUUUUGGAAGCUAUUGUGUUAAGAAAUCCACAAUUAGUGAAAAAACGCUAUAUAGCCUCUCUCUCUCUCUCUCUCUCUCUCUCUCUCUCUCUAU